CCACCUGAUGGCAUUAAAGUCUUCCCCAAUGAGGAGGAUCUCACGGACCUGCAGGUUACCAUCGAGGGCCCUGAGGGCACCCCCUAUGCUGGAGGUCUGUUCCGUAUGAAGCUCCUACUGGGCAAGGAUUUCCCUGCCUCUCCACCCAAGGGCUACUUCCUGACCAAGAUCUUCCACCCAAAUGUGGGGGCCAAUGGUGAGAUCUGUGUCAAUGUGCUCAAGAGGGACUGGACGGCUGAGUUGGGCAUCCGACAUGUGUUGCUGACCAUCAAGUGCCUGCUGAUCCACCCUAACCCAGAGUCUGCACUCAACGAGGAGGCUGGCCGCCUGCUCUUGGAGAACUAUAAAGAGUAUGCUGCUCGGGCUCGACUGCUCACAGAGAUCCAUGGGGGUGCAGGUGGCACCAGCAGUGGGAGGGCUGAGGCUACCCGGGGCGUGGGAAGUGGGGCUACAGCCUCCACUGACCCUAUGACCCUAGGAGUCCUGGGAGGAGCCGAGGGUCCCAUGGCCAAGAAACACGCAGGCGAGCGAGAUAAGAAGUUGGCAGCCAAGAAAAAGUUGGAUAAGAAGCGGGCACUAAGAAGACUGUAGUGGGCUCUUCUCCUUUCUUCUUUCUGUUCUAUCCCCUC